UUUUUUUCUUUUUCAAAUACCAUCCUGUGUAGCCCACAUUGGGCUCACCUCUGAUAUUUGGGAGUGACCUUGAACUUCUGAUCCUCCUGCCUCAACCUCUCAAGUGCUUGGAUUACAAGUGUGACCCAAUGCACAUGAUUUCUGUGAUGCUGAGGAUCAGACCUAAGACCUCUGACCCAAGGCAAGCAACUGACCUACAUUCCCAGUCCUAGAUUUGGAUUCUAAUAAGAUUUCCCUGGCUCACAUUUCACCAGACUUUCAAAUACAUUUACAACACAGCUGUCCAGCUUGGGUCCAGGAUGGGAAACAAAACAUCCUGACAUCUUCUCCCUGAGGCACCACCCGCUAGAUUCCACAAUACCACUUUACAAGGAGACCCAGAGCUCUAUGCCUCUCCCUAGCCCUACUUACUGGUACCUGACCUUACAUGGUGGCUGAUGAUUGUCCCAAGAAUAGAGGGGAAGGGAAGACCAACCCACCACUUGAUAGGUUUGGUUUACGGGUGCCUUGGACAACAAAAGGACCACUUAGGAGCCCCGUUUGGAUGAUUCUCUGGGCUGUUCUCCCUGGCUAGGCACUUUACUUAGUCCCUGCUGCUUGGUAUCUGACUACUUUCGACUUCACUUCAUGUCCUACAUUCUUAUUUGUGGCCAAGCUGGGGUUCUUCAACCUUUCAUUUAUAGAGCCGUGAAUUCCUGGGAGUCUGGGUGGGGUGAGGUGGGAGGACCGAAUGAGGACGCCUCCUUGGGAAGGUGGGCCUGUGUUCUUUAGGUGACUGCAGGGAAGCUCUGCAAAGCUUCUUCUGGGGUGAGGGCAUAAGCGACUCAAAAGAAACUUCCUCUCCUGUGUAGGAGAAAAACCACCAGAACAGGUCCGGGCCUUCAGUCCCCGGAUUCCAGCGCCCUCUCCAGACUGGCUCAGCAUACUGAAGGCGUGGCCCGAGGACUGAUUGACAGCUCACUCGGAUCAGCCAGGAGACGACGGAAGCGUGCUCCAGCCUAGGGAUCCCUAGCUCUAUCAUCCCCAGCUCUGCGAUUUUGGUUCUGGCGCGGACCAUACCGGAAGUUCUGCUCAACGACUCCCCAGUUUUAGGGGGAACAGCGGAAACGUGCUCCCGACUAUCGUUCCGCCUGCGCCGCGGCUAUCGGUUCCGCUUCGGGGCCCGGAAGUGCGGCCUUCAAGUUGACAAGCAGGAGGCAGCCACUGCAGGGCCUGGUGCCUGAGGAGUCGGAGGUGGGGACGAGCGGGCAUCCCCCUGCCUCAGAGUCUCAGAGAAGGCUGGGGCGUGCCAGGAGAGGGAAGCCCGCGUGAGGAUCGGUGUGCAGAUGGCAGCCACAGAGGCAGUGCACCACAUCCACCUACAGAACUUUUCACGCUCACUACUGGAGACCCUCAAUGGGCAGAGGCUAGGUGGUCACUUCUGUGAUGUGACUGUGCGCAUCCGUGAGGCUUCUCUGCGUGCUCACCGCUGUGUGCUGGCCGCAGGCUCACCCUUCUUUCAGGAUAAGCUGUUGCUUGGCCACUCGGAGAUUCGUGUGCCACCAGUGGUGCCUGCGCAGACAGUGCGCCAGCUGGUCGAGUUCCUGUACAGCGGCUCGUUAGUGGUGGCACAAGGCGAAGCACUGCAGGUACUCACUGCAGCAUCGGUGCUUCGCAUCCAGACCGUCAUUGAUGAGUGCACACAGAUCAUCGCUCGUGCCCGUGUCCCCAACCCCCCGGCGCCUGCGCCACUGCCACCACCGGUGCCCCCUCCACUCGCACCUGCGCAGCUGCGCCACCGUCUGCGCCACUUGCUGGCCGCUCGUCCCCCAGGUCAUCCCAACGCCGCGCACAGCCGCAAGCAGCGCCAGCCCGCGCGUCUUCAGCUACCUGCACCCCCCACGCCCAUCAAGGCCGAGGGGCCUGAUACCGAGCCAGUGUUGACUGCUGCGCCUGAAGACAGAGGUGAAGAGGAUGACGAUGAGGAGACCGAUGAAGAAACCGACGCUGAAGAAGGUGAAGGCGUUGGCGGCCCGGGUGAAGGCCAGGCUCCCCCUGCCUUCCCCGACUGUGCAGGGGGCUUCCUUACCGCUGCAGCUGACAGCGCUCGAGAAGAUCCACCUGCAUCCACUGGCAUCACUGAUUAUGGUGGUGCCGGAAGAGAUUUCCUUCGGGGGACUGGGGUCACUGAAGAUGUGUUUCCAGAUAGUUAUGUGUCCGCUUGGCAUGAGGAAGGCAGCGGAGGUCCAGAAGGUUGUCCGGUGGAAACGUCUGCUCCACCCGACUGUGCCCUGGCUGGGCCUCACCCAACCGGUGUAAAGACCCCUGGUCCCCCAGUGGCUCUCUUUCCCUUUCACUUGGGUGCUCCUGGUCCCCCAGCGCCAACACCUCCUACUCCAUCUGGGCCAGCCCCUGCACCCCCACCCACCUUCUACCCCACGCUCCAGCCAGAUGCAGCCCCCAGUGCUCAGCUGGGAGAAACACCGGCUGUGCCUGCAGCCCCUGCUGCUCAGGCCACAGCCAUCUCAGGCACUCCUGUGCGUGCCCCCGGUGCCCCAGGGGCUGAGCAACCCGCCUAUGAGUGUAGCCACUGCCGCAAGACGUUCAGCUCUCGAAAAAACUACACCAAGCACAUGUUCAUCCACUCUGGGGAGAAGCCACAUCAGUGCGCUGUGUGCUGGCGAUCCUUCUCGCUACGCGACUAUCUGCUCAAACAUAUGGUCACACACACCGGUGUGCGAGCCUUCCAGUGUGCAGUGUGUGCCAAGCGCUUCACUCAGAAGAGUUCACUCAACGUGCACAUGCGCACACAUAGGCCUGAACGUGCGCCCUGCCCUGCCUGUGGCAAAGUUUUCUCACACCGUGCGCUGCUAGAGCGACACCUGGCAGCUCACCCUGCACCUUGAUUGGGAGCCAGCUUCACACAGCUGACUGAUGCUGUCACAUGCCUUGGACUAGGUCUACUCCACCAGAAGUCUCUGGAGUAUGGACCCUUUCCCUUCCCCACCCUGACCCUGUUCUCCCCUGUGGACUUGGGACCCAGAAUCCUAUUUCUUUCCUACACUUGCUUAACUUCUCUCGAUGGGACAGUGAGAUGAUCAGGGCCCCUGUCACCUCAGGAACCAUUUCCAGGUUGGGCUGGGCAAACACUUUCUUGGUACCUGAUGCUGGAUUUGUGACUUACCCCCUACCAGGUAUGGUGUCUAGGGUUGUCCUCUGCCCCUGUGUUGGGCUAGAAUUCUCUGACCUCUGGAGCCACCCUUUCCUCACUGGGCACUUAUAGAGGCCCAGAUGGACCUACCUUGGGAUUUUAGGCUCCAAUCUAAUAAAGGACACUGGGCCAGUA